CCAUUCUAUAUAAUGUGGGAGCCACCAUCUCCUCCUUCGAGUGCUUCCCGGGAUCUUCGUCGCCGUAGAAAGGGCGACCCCUCUCCGGCCGCCCCAGACAUCGGUCGCCGCCGCCUUCCUCCUCUCCUCCCUCGCGCUCGGCACUCCAGGUAUUUUCAGAUGGUUUUACACCUAAAUUAGAUGUACCGCUCAGUAUGCCCUAGCGUAUCGCUCGGUACAUGGUACCGUACCGUACCGAGCCAACCUCAAAACAUCGAUUUUUGUGAGAUGGCAAGAAGAAUCACGAACUACCACAGAACAUCUCGUAGGUUUAGGUCAACUCCAUAUCCAUUGCCUUCAUAUCACCGACCUAUUCCAGAAAGAGAAGAAAAUUUGAAGAAAGCAGCAUCCUUCACUUUGGAAAAAAAGGAUUGGAAGGGUGCGACCUGCCCGGUGUGCAUGGAAUUCCCACAUAAUGCUGUCCUCCUCCUUUGCUCAUCUCAUGACAAGGGCUGCCGCCCCUACAUGUGUGCAACCAGCUACCGCUAUUCUAAUUGUCUUGAACAGUUCAAGAAGGCAAAUGCUAAAAUGACAUCAACAUUGGACAAUCGGAUCCACUAUUCGCCUGCAUGGAAGAAAUCUGAGGUAAGAGAGCUAGUGUGUCCCCUGUGCCGUGGCCAGGUGAAGGGAUGGACUGUGGUUGAACCAGCACGAGAAUAUCUCAACAAGAAGAGGAGAAGCUGCAUGCAAGACAACUGCUCAUUUAUUGGGAACUACAAGGAGCUCCGUAAACACGUGAGAACUGAUCACCCUUGUGCUAAGCCCCAUGCCGUGGAUCCUACUCUUGAACAGAAAUGGAGAAAUCUCGAGUACCAGACAGAACGGGCAGAUGUGAUCAGCACUAUAAGGUCUUCGAUGCCUAGGGCAGUUAUACUGGGGGACUAUGUGAUAGAAAUGGGUGAUAGUGACCCUGAUAGUGAUUAUGACAACGAGGAUGAUGAUGGUUUUUUUGACAAUGGAAAUGUGAUCUUUGGCAGGAGGAAUCAUCGGAGUUUCUUUAAUGCACUCCUCCGAGAGUCGACUCGACAUCGGAGGCUUAGCAGGAACCAUGUAUCUGAGGUUGGGGAAGGCAGCAGCGGCUAUCUUCCAACCAUUGUUGAUCAUGCUUCUCUUGAUGCAACUUUUAGUUAUCCGUUGGAGGAAUAUGAUGAUGAGGAAAGUACCAUAAGUAUAAUCCAUCCCGAAAGGCAGCAUCAUCGUCGUAGGACCCUUGGGAGAUCGGUACAUGGUGCUAGAUUAUUGUAGUAGCACAGGAUCAGAUUCAAGGAAAGAUAUUAUCCUUUAAGCAUAGCUAAUGCUUGAACUAUUAUUUUCCUCUUUUCUUCACACACAUGAUUGUCUGUUAUAGCAAACAUCAAAGCUUGUUCCUUGUGUCUGUUCCAAUGUAGUUAUUGAUGAUAAUGGCUA